AUGAAGGAAGAGCGAAACACGUCUUUGCAAGUAUUACCCAAGGCAGAGGUGAAAAGUCAGACAUUGGUCAUUCAAUCUAGCACGUUCUGUAAUGGUUUGACCCUUUUCACCCCAAUAUCAGUAUGCAUAUUCUCCAUACUGUUCUCUAUAAAUUUCCUAAGGUGCUGACAAGGAGAAUUUGUUUAACAAACAAGAGCUUCUUUGGGUGGUAAUCAGCAUCUUUUCCUUGUGACCUUAAUGUGUGAUACAAGGGUGAUAUUUUGAAUUAGAUGCUAGUCACUCAUUGGUAUUAAAAAUAAAGCGCAUUACGAAUGCGUCGCUGUUCCAAACUCGAAGAUAUCACAACAGUUCUUCAGGGAGUAAAUUACAAGGAGCCAAUGAAAAAUGAAAGUACAAAGGAAAUUAUUGUCUGAAGUGCAGAAACGCAACUUCCUAUGUAUAACUCUUGAUUGCUUUAAGUUUGAAUCUGAUUGGUUAGGAGGAUAGGGUGUCUUUUUUUUAGACCAAUCACAGAGCGAGGUAGGUAAAAACCGAUCACAUUCCUAGAUUACUUUCGAGACUCAAUGGAAAUAACUGUGGUUAACUCGUCCUAAGAGUAGCAGGUGAUGAGAUAAGAACCUGCUUAUAUGAUUAAUGAGAUAAGAGUUUGCUGAUGUGAUUAAAUCGACUAACUAAUUAGUUGUGAGAAACAGUUUGUGGCUGGCAUGACGCAGGGUUUCGUGUCUGGCAUGACGCAGGGUUUCGUGUCGGUCGAAAGAGACACAUCAGAUACCAGUCGGAAUUUUCGUGUAAUCUUGGUGAGAAUCACGCUCAAAUUCCCGUUUAAAGAGUUCUAGAUGUUUACAGUCUGGCCCUCUAUCACAGAAUGGAUUCCCAUCCGUACAUUUACGAGGUACAUCUUAAUAACCAAAAAAAUUGUCAAUUACCUCUUAUAGGCUGUUCAGAUACUGUAAAGAUAAAUUAGAUGCUAGUCACUCUAACGUGUUAACCGUAGGAUCCGAUUGUCAAAUCUCCCUUCGAGCAGCUACAUAUUUUCAUUUAAAUUAGUUACAAGAAUUUGGUGUUAUAUCAAAAUAGCAACUUCUACCCGAUAAGUUUGAGUAUUCUCGUGACCUUUUUGCUGGAUAAUGUAUUAAUAUUAUAGGAGGAAGUUAGUUGUUAAUCACUUGUAGGAGUUAAAGGUCAAAUGGUUAGUCAUGUCACCCUUAAAUUUCUCUUUCUUUCUGUUGGUCCUUAGUUCAGUAUACUAUGAAUAUAGAGAAACUCGGCAUAUUGAGGUUUUUUUCUCCUAUAUCGAGCGAAAUCAAUCAAUCAAACAAACUUUAUUUAAAGAGGGUAACACCUACUAGUUAACCAACUAAUAAACUUGUGGCCCUCUUAAUUAACUCUUUACAGCCUAACAUCAGUAUGCAUAUUCUCCAUACUGUUCUCUAUACAUUUCUUUAGGUGCUGACAAGGAGAAUUUGUCGAACAAUCAAGAGCAUCUUUAAUAGUUGAUCAUUUCUUUUAUUCUCGUGACUUUACUGAGUGAUUCAGGGCUGAUAUUGUAAGGAGAAAUUAGAUGCCAGUCAGUAUCAGAGAAUAUGAUACAAAUUGAAUGAAGUAUAUACAAAAUUACAAUGUAAAAACUAAUCUUAAAGUAAAUGUACAUAUUACUCUCAUAACACACAAUCUAAAAGUACUUUUCUAAAAAAGGAGGAAAGUUUAGUCCGGAAGAAUUUUGAUUAUUAAACUAAUGUAUUCGUCGUAGGGAUGUGCGGUUUAGAAGAGUUUCUAAUCCAUGAUUCACUCUUAUCAGCUUAGUGUGCACCUAUCCAGUAACUAAAUUUCCUUAGACCAUGCCUUUCAUGCAUUCGUUAAACUUCUAUUUGAAGAUUAAAACGGGUCUUGGAAAGAGCGACCGGAUUACGCUCGUGUUAAGCAGCCACAACUCGGCCCAGCUCCUCUCGAAAAUUUGUGCUCGCACUCGCUUAAUGAUUUACAAGGAUUCUGUAGGCCAUAAAGAAGACCCAAGUAUUGGAAUGUGCUUUCUGAUCCCCAUGUAG